GUUUGGCAUGUGCCUGUCUGCCUUUUACUCACAUAAAUCUCAGGAAAUGAAGUGUAUACAACUUUAAAUUCUAGCAUUUCACACUUAAUUUUUAUGAGCUGUUGUCCUUGACUUGAGUUGGUGGUUUUUUUCAUUGGUUACUUAGUUUAUGAAGCUGUCUGACAGACAGUGCGGAGGUCUCUGUGGUGCUGCAGUUAGAGGAGGCCGGCCCCAGAGCGCCCCACCCCAUCUAUGGAAGGAGCAAUGUGCCUGGCUCCCCUGUUCCCUUCUUUCUUCAACUGGGCAAAACUUCCCAAGUUAUGAUACUUAUAUUUAUGCUCAUGCCCCGCUUUCUCUUUAUCCUCCUCUAAACCCUUAGAUUUUUAAUCAUUCUUCUUCUGAAUAAAAUUGAAACAAUAGAGAGGAAGGAAGAUCCUGCCCCCAUAGUCCAGCCCUCCAGAGAUGCCAUUGCACUCUGCCUUAACCGCGCUUCCAGACAUCGUGGACAUUAAGCCCGCGAACAUGGAGGAGCUGACGGAGGUGAUCACCGCAGCAGAGUUCCAUCCACACCAGUGCAACGUGUUUGUGUACAGCAGCAGCAAGGGGACCAUCCGACUGUGUGACAUGCGCUCCUCGGCCCUGUGCGACCGACACUCUAAGUUUUUUGAAGAACCUGAAGAUCCCAGCAGUAGGUCUUUCUUCUCAGAAAUAAUUUCCUCCAUCUCCGAUGUGAAAUUCAGCCAUAGUGGUCGGUACAUGAUGACCCGAGACUACCUGUCGGUGAAGGUCUGGGAUCUGAACAUGGAAAGCCGGCCCAUCGAGACCCACCAGGUCCACGAGUACCUUCGAAGCAAGCUGUGUUCUCUGUACGAAAAUGACUGCAUCUUCGACAAAUUUGAGUGCUGCUGGAACGGUCCAGACAGUGCGAUCAUGACAGGGUCCUACAACAACUUCUUCAGGAUGUUUGACAGAAACACGAGGAGGGACGUGACCCUGGAAGCUUCCAGAGAGAACAGCAAGCCCCGAGCCAGUUUGAAGCCUCGAAGAGUGUGUCCAGGCGGGAAGAGGAAGAAGGACGAGAUCAGUGUGGAUAGUCUGGACUUCAAUAAGAAGAUUCUGCACACGGCUUGGCACCCCAACGACAACAUUAUUGCUGUGGCUGCCACCAAUAACCUGUAUAUAUUCCAGGACAAAGUCAACUAGGAAGUGUGAGAACGCAUCUCAUCCUGCAAAGCUAAGCCUGUGGUUUCUGUUGUGGAAGGGGUGUCCUCUCCGUGGAUCGCAGGGUGCACGCCCUGUUCCCUUCCUAGACUGGAGCCUGCAUACACACAGCCAGGGAGGCUGUGGGGGGUCGCUGCACAAGCGAAGAACUUGGUCGGUGCAGACUGAAGGACAGAGCUCAAUAAAGGCCAUUACAAUAAAUGUAUUUAUUUAAAUCUGAGCCGUCCUUUCCAGUUUAUAGACCAAAAAAUGAACACCCAACAGAACACCUGUCCCACAUCACUCUCUCGUCCUCCUGCCAUCUGAUGAGGGCUCUCGUGCUACUGUACCAAUCGCCCGGGGGCCACUGGCCAAAUGCUCAGGCAGCUUGACCUCCCACAUGCCUGUAUCUUCCAUCACACCUUCUGGUGUAACCACCUAAUAAAAGCAACACACAUUACAAAGUGUUUUUAAUCCAAA